AUGAGUUCCCAUUUUGGAAACAUUUUGAGACAGGCCCUCAAAACUUUCGAUCGAAAAAAUCAAAGUUCUCUCGUUAAUAAUUUAGCGACUUUGAAACAAUUGACAGAUCAACUUUCUAAACGCGACAUUCUCAUCAAUGAGGAGGAACUACUUAAAGAUAGUAUCUAUCAAAUUCCUGGACGUGCUCCUUGUACUUAUAUGCACAUAUUCGAAGAUGAUACCGUGUCGAUGAGUGUUUUCAUAAUGCGAGGUGGUUACACUAUGCCAUUACAUGACCAUCCCUGUAUGCAUGGCCUUUUGAAAGUCAUUCACGGCAAACUUAGAAUUCAAACUUAUACUCAACAAAGUACGCCAAACAGUGAUUCCAUUAAGGUCAACAAUACCAAAUUCAAGGAAGUCGAUGUUGUUAAGGAAGAACCAGUAGUUGUAACAUCAGAUAUGGGUUGCUCACUAUUGACACCAACUGAGAGAAAUUAUCACGAAAUUACAGCCGUGGGAGGGGUUGCAGCAUUCUUUGAUAUUUUAGCUCCACCCUAUGAUGCAGAUGUUCCCGGGAUUGGUCCCAGAUCAUGUACAUUUUAUGAGGCAAUUGAAUCGUCUUCAGUGGACCCAUCAGCAAAUAGUAAAACAACCGAUGAUAAUGUUAGUAUUUGUGGAAGAGAAUCCAAACCAAAAUUGAAAUUAAAACGUAUACCUGCACCUGUAUCAUAUUACUGCGAUACCACAGAUCCACAUGAGACUUUAAUACGAACGGUAUUUAUGUAUAUUAAAGAAGCUUAUAGUCCUACAUAA